AUGGCAACACUUCAGCCUCAAGAGUUCCAUCUCUUCCCUGAGCUCCCUCUAGAGCUUCGCCGAGCAAUUUGGAAUGAAUGUCUACCUCACGUCCGCAUUGUCGAGAUAAAUAAACCUUAUAAGGGAGGGUACAUUUACAAUGGAUUGAUGUCGAAAAAUGACGGAUCUGAGGAGUGCACACAUCAAAUGACGUACAAGCUCAAUUCUAUCCCUCCAGUCAUCGCGGCCGUCUGUCGUGAAUCUAGACAAGUUGCGGGGUUCCCAGUCCCGCGAGAUGAGAAAUGGCAAGCAAAGACUGUCGCAAACAGAGAACUCGUUGACUUGUGGUUCGAUCGUUCCCCGGGUAGAAAUGUCAUAUUCCUUGAUUGGGAUUCAAGUUGUGGUCACUAUUGGUCAGCUCGUCCUCCCAUGGGGCCCUUCAAAUAUCUAUCCCCCGUCGCGGACUACGCCCAAACGGUAUGCGUCACAGGAGAAAUUCUACAUACACUCUUCCCACCUUUGAGCGACCAGGAGAAUUUCCGCACUCUUUGGAGCGUCGAAACUCUCUUAGUUUGUCAGAAGAUAGUUGCCAUUCACGCUAAGAUCAAUGCUGCAACACAAUCUGGACUCUGGGGGUUCAACGGUGAGGAGCGCAUCGUCUUAGUUCCUGUGGGAAAUCGUAAACAGAUAGAGGAUUACGCGAACUUCGACAGUAUCUUUGGCUCCAAAGAAUAUGGCGAGACCAAAGACUUCUUCCAGAGGCUUGAUGGGGACCCGACGCAGGGGUUAAUGCAGCAGGAGCUUCUUACCACCUGGAAAGCGAGGUUUUUGCUGGGACGCUGGCAUGAUCAACAAGCUGAACUCGGCUUGCAAGAAGUGGAAGACUGGAAUGUGACGCCAGUCCCUGGGCUGUUCGGAGUAGUUGACAGCGGAUUGGAGAAUUGGAAGCUGAAGGAACAAAGCGAAUGGGCAAAGAUGACUCUUCCGUCAGUACCAAGAAUCCAAUGGGUGUACAUGUUUCGGCUAUGCGUGAACGAUUGCUAUGUCAAGAGAUCAGACAAUUUGAGAUAG